AUGGUACCAAUUCCAACCACCAGCUAUUUUCCAGAUCUGGGCAAAUGUUUGAAAGGAGAAGAAAUAUUGAUCUCUUGGGAGACGGCUUUUUUUGCUCUUUUAGAUGUUAAAGAAAAUGGAGCUCAAUAUACGCUUGAGAAGUUCUUUAAAGAUUCUAAAGUAUUAUCUUUACUUUCCAAUCCUGCCGAUGCCUUUCCAGAAUCCACUGCCCCGACCAAAUCCGAAUUCGACUCAAAAGUCAGUCCGAUCAAUGCCGACCGUUCCUCCGUGGAUUACGACUUUAAGAAAGUGUCAGAGGAUGCAUUAUGGUUGAGUCAGACGGCUCAGAUCGACGAGGUUUCUGCUUUAAGAGUAGUGGUCCAAGAACAUCAAUCGCGGGCAUAUGCGCAACUCUUAGGAAAGCUUUCAGAAGAAGAGUUGAUCAGUCUUCAAGAUGCCUUUGGCAACAAGAGAUCUACAAAUCUGCUCUCCGCUGGAUCCCUUAUUGGCACACAAGCGGAGGUUGCGCCAUCAGAAGAAGAAAGCCAGGGAAACCGCCGUGUGCGGAUGCUCAGCAUUUAUCUAUCGGAACGACGCUUUUUCUGGAAAUGUCUUACGUUAUUAAUUCAACGACCCAGACUUUCACCCACGCGGGAUUCUCCACUAGACGUCUGGUACGAAGGUCUGCAUAUAGAAGUGUUAAGUAGGUGGAAAGGUUUGGGAGCCUCCCAGGAUCGCAUGGUGGGACUGGUCAAAACUAUCGAGACCGGACUUACAAAACUAUUCGACGAGCAAGGUCAUGGUAGCGGGUGGACCUUAGAGGGAGAUGGACGCGAUGAACUUGAGAUUGAGUGGGGAAGUAAUCAGAUCGUUGAGGCAACGCAUAUGAUGGAGACAAUAUUCUAUUACAUAUCUCCUUUUAAUACUGCGUUUGAAAUUUCUCACUCGGACCUGAUACUUGCAUGGUUCAGUUUUGUCGCCAAGUUCAAGUUCCUGGAUGAGAUGGGAAUGCUUCAUCCGACUCUCCAAGCUGUUGCUCUUCCUUUGCAAACUAUCAGCACUGUCAUAACAGCCGCCAUACUUAACGUCGAUAGCUGUUUGACAUUCCUCGAGAGACAUUCAGAUUUAGGACCUGUUGAUUUAGAAGAGGGUCCAAAUAAACCAUGGUUACUGAAUCAAACCGCGAUUAUUGAACUUCAUGAGAUAAUCAUGGAUGCAGCGUCCGCGAAUCAUAUCACAGCUGGCCCGGCAGUCCUCGCUUGGAGCGUUAUUCUAAAGCAUAUCAAAGUCCGCGUCAGUAAUCGAAAGAGACUCCAGCGUCGAAGAAAUGAGGGCCUCGGUGAUGAUGAUGAUGAUGAUGAUGAUGAUGAUGAUGAAGAAGAAAGCGAUGAAGGAUUGUUGGUUGGAACGGAACCUGUUUUGGCCUCCGAUGCCUAUGAAGAGGUGCUGAAAAAAAUCAUAGAAGGGAGGGCUAGCAUCGAUGAACUUGUCGAGUAUCUGGCAGUAAGCGCUGUCAACGAGAGUCGUGUAUUCGAAGUUCUAGCAAAUAUUUCACGGACGCUUGGUGACACUUACGAGGCAGCUUUUAUGCCUCAAAUUGGUUCAAGCUUGAGAAUCGCGAUACUAGAGGUCAUGAAGGCAAUUGCGCCUGAGAUUGGAUACAAUGCCCCAACGCUGCAAACUAUUCUUUCUGUUAUAGAAGGAGGACAACAAUAUUGGGAUCUGGUUGAUUUACGAAAUGUCGAAAACAAGCCUGAGCCUAUGACCUUUUUCGUUUCGGAUACGGGCUUGAUUCGCGAUUUCUGGGAAAAUGCCAGUAUGCGCUAUCCUUGGGAAGCUUCCCCAUUUCAGAACCUCGUUCGUUCUCUGGCGUAUCUGCACAAUGUCGGGGCAGGGGUCUGCGAGUCGAUAUUCUCGUUACUGGACAUUCGAUCAACUUUUACAUACCCAUUACCAUAUCAAUUCGCAGACUAUGAGACAAUCCAGGAGGAAGACAAUAACAAUUCCAUCCAACUAACUAACGAUCUUCCUAUGUUUGAGUCGCGAGGGCGUGGAAUUAGUAGAGGACUUUUGAUGGGAAAUGUGAACCAAGGGCAGGCAUUAGUAUUGGCAGCAGCUAAUGGAGACCUACGCAUUCCGUCAGGAACACUUGGUGUUGUAAUAGUCGAAAACGAUCCAAAAGUGGUUUACCUCACCCACAAUUAUCGCGGUAUGAGGUAUUUUGGAAAAUUGCUGGAAACAUAUCUAGUUGCUGGGGAGGAAUAUGACGCUACUACCGGUAUGGAAGCAGACUCCGAGACUGUUGCCGACAUCAUUGGAACGUUUUCAACGGGCCUUUUAGCCCUAUCCAGGUCAGAAAAAGAUGCGAAUCGGAUCCAGGAUGAUGCUACCGAUUUCUUCCAGACUGCUAGUUCGGCAUUAAGUCGGAACAGAGACAUUACUCUUGUGAUAUCUGCUAUUUUCGAACAAGAGUUGCAAAGACAAUCGAGCGAAUCCAGCUCUGAUGCCUCCCUCGAUGUUUUGAUCAGUUGUGUACAGUACUUACACGCCCUACUUCUGUUUUCGCCUGGAAGAGUCUGGCCACUUAUUGGUCGUAGCGGUCUUCUAUCCAACGAGCGUGGUGGUGGUAAGCUAUCUAGUAUUGUCGGAAAAAUCGAAGUUAUAUCUGGGAAAUUCAGUUUCCUUAUAUCUUGCACUCGACUCUUCGAAGCACUGGUCAAUGAUUUUGCAGUGAACGCUAUUGCAAGAAACCGCAAAGUGACUGCGGCUUCAGCUCGGUUUAACGAGGUCGAGGAACACAAUGUUCGCGUUGCAGAUAAAGUUCUUUCCGAGGUCCUUCUUUACUUUACUCGGUACCUGACGGAGGUAUUAGAAAGCUCAUACACUUGGCAGUUUGACCAACCUGGCGAUCAACUCCAGCUCACAAAGACUAUAAUGUCUUCUUUCGAUAAAAUGCUUACGUACGCUUUUGGAAUCCAGGGUGCUCCAGAAGAAUUGCCACAGUCGGACCCUCGUCCAAAAUCGGAUCUUGCGAAUGAUCCCAAAGAUCAUCUGGACCCCGCUGUUCCAAUUAUGGGAGCUUUAAUGCCUGCAGCCAUGCACAUCGUUGAUAGCUUUUUGUCCAAGUCCUCUGGGCCUAUGAGAUUUGGACCAAUUCUUCGCACUUUGUUCUAUGGCUUCAAUACUCGUUUCACUACGCUGUAUGCCAAUCGAUCACGACUAGUCGCCGAAGGUGUCAAAGCAUCACUUGGGUUUUCCAGGCAGCUUCUUCGAAUCAGUACGUUGUUAGAAAAACCAUCACACCUGGAGACACAGCUAUUUACUGCGGCACCUCUCAUCGCACGGCUUUAUGCCGUAAAUGAUAGCUAUCGUAUCCCCAUUAUCAAACUGUUCGAGGCCAUGAUAGUCAGCGCUUCCAGUAGCACCUCAGAGCCUCCUUCACUUCUAGGUUACCUCGGUGCGAAGACUUCGAAGAAUUUUCUUAAUGUCGUGUCGGAUCUGGAUACACCUUUGACUAGAGAUGAAAACGUCGGAACAAUUUGGCAUUUCCUGUCAAUGAUAAUGAGCAGUCGGCAACAGUGGUUUGCAAAUUAUGUUCUUACGGGUAAAACGCCAAGGGAUGCAUUAAAAAAGAAGAAACCCGACGUUGUCAAAUCUUCAUCGCCAAAACCUCUUCUUCUCACGGCCCUUGACAAUCUUUCACAAAUUGGAGAUAUUCCGGAUUCGGAGGCUUUGAUGAUGUUAGAAUUUGUCUCUUUGGCACAAAAUUUUUGGCCAUGGACUAUGUACGAGCUGGAAAACAGUACAGGCUUCAUCAACUAUCUCUCCAACUAUAUCAAAACAUUAAAACCGAUUCAAAUUUCGUCCAGAAGUGAACCAGCAAUCAAGGCUUGCUAUCGGACUCGAAUUGCGGCCUACAUUGCAGAAAUCCUUGCAAUGCACCUCUUUCAUUCUAGACAAACUGGCAAACCUUCAAUUGCCAAAGAUCUUAUGCCAAAACUGAAUUAUUACUUCGAGAAUGCAGGAGGACUUCCGACCUACAACGCUUCUCUACACGGAAAUCUCAAACAAAAUUUCGAUGCCAAAUAUGCUAGAUCCAGCCUUCAGAGUUUCAAGAAGACGGAUCUAGAGGAUAGAAAAUUUGGGGAGAACUACUUUUAUGAUCUACAACUACUCGACCAAAUGCUCAAUUCCGACGUGGCUUGGACGGGACGUAGAAAUGACGGGUAUAAAUUCGAGCUCGCCAGUGCUAACAUCAACCUGUCUUUAGUUGAUGCUCAGGUGGCCCUGUUAAACGCUUGGAAAAUUCUUGCCGUGGAACUAAGUAGCAACAUGACCAAGGAAUCUGACCACCAAGAGACUCUCGUUGAUGCUGCUCUCAAAUGCCUUUCCUCAAAUACACAGAGUCCGGUAACGGAAAAGGUACUCUGUCGGUUACUUCGAACACGGGCAGACUUCGCGCUUGUUGCCUGCCAGCGAUUGGUAGAAGUCAACCCAAGAAGCCAUAAGAUGAAGGGUCUCCUCAAAAUAACCUGGGAAACGAUCCGGAGCUUGGACAAAAGUUUUGAGCUUGCACUUGCGACAGGAGAUGGACCGUAUUAUAGACUGCUUAUUAAACUUUUAUUCUUGGCUCUGCGAGUACAUGCUGAAGAUGAUAAUCCGGAAGUUAUUGACCCCAGAGCAUCCACACGAAAACAACAGUUGGAAUCGGAAUCGACACCAGAUAUUUAUAUGGUCGUCGACGUUGUAGAACGUGUAGUUGCCCAGGGCCUGGGUGAUCUGGCUCAUAUCGUUCACGAGAACCAUGAACAGUCAUCCCCAGAAGACAUCGCUCUCAUCACAGGCAUUCUGCAAGCCUGUCUCCGGAUACCAGGCAUCGAGUUUCACCACUCGCAAAUUGUGACUAUCAUGGCUAGUUGCAGGACCCCUCGUAUAGCUAGUACACUCUUCUCUUGGUCUGACCAAAUCGCAAUAAAUGGUGAUCCCAUCUAUGGUGAGUUGAGCAUCAUCUUCCUCCUGGAACUCUCAAGUAUGCCUAUCAUGGCCGAACAGCUCGCCGUUGAUGGUGUUCUUGGUCAAAUCAGUUCCGCAAGCAUAACCACUUAUCUCCGUCGUGGCAAUGUUUCUCCAUUCGCUGACGGUGCCGGCAUUCAACGCUGUUACAAUAUCUGGGUUCGCGGCAUUCUUCCUCUUAUACUCAAUCUCCUUCAUUCAGUCGGCGCCUCUAUUGCCACAGAAGUCGCCCUCUUCAUCAACCAAUUUCCUCACCUCCUUGCUCAAUCCGCAGCGGCUUUUGAUGCGCCUGAAUCCUCGCGCACGACUUCGAUAUCACAGCCAAAACAUCUUUCAUUGUCCACCGCUUCAGAAGUUCACUCACUAGCUCUUGUUGUCUACAUUCUUAAUGGAUUUAGAGAACAAUUGCAAGGAAUCCAAACUGUUCCAGAGGUGAACUGGGAUCUUGGCGCAGUGGGAGAGAAUGUAGAGUUUUGGUUGGGGAGUCGAAUGGUCUUGAGAGAGAGGAUUGUUCCGAUGGGUGAUAAGGAUCUGGAGUGGAAGGGGAAGAAGAUAGGGGUUGAAAAGGUAGGGGCAAUGGGUUGUUUGGAUCGAUUAGAGGAGAAGGUGGUUCUUGAAAUGAUGGGAAUUAGGGAUGUGGUUAGUGGGGGGGAUCCGUGA